UUUUAUGUUUGUCUUGAAGUUCCAAUUUUCUUUGUGAAAAUCAAGCAUACGCAUGUGAGGAACAAAUGUACUUGCUUUGCAUUUCAUACAAUUUGUAUUGUUUUCAUGAACUCUCCUGUGGAACUCCUUUUUGGUUUUUGAUUCUUGAUGAAAUAAUAACUUUUUUUCAUUUCCAUCAAUUGGGAGAAGUUGGAUGUGUAGAUAUAUGAAUCUUUGAGCUGAAAAUUUUACUAGAAAGCAAUUACUCCUUCAAUCCAUGCUAAGAGGUUAAAUUUUUUUGGAGUAUAGAGUUGCAACAAAGGAUGGGCGCCUGCGUAUCAUCUCCAUACAUAGCAACGAGACCAUCUUCAAAGACGAUAAAAGUGAGGAGAAAGCGGAUCGGACGGUCCAAAAAGCGCCACAUCAGCGAUGGGAAUAGGAAAGGGAAUAGUGAUGUGGGACGUGUGGCCAUGACAGAAUAUGUUCACACGACUACAACUACUUGCAGACGAUCGGCCGUCUCAAACUCCACCUUCCAUCUCACUCAGUUGCAGUGGCAGAUUGAUUCAAAUGAUUUAUUUCCUGAUAUGGCAACUGGGCAAGUGCUCCAAUACGAAACCUCGUCAUGCUUUAUGGACAACAAGUGUAAUUUCAAAGAGUACCAUGAAAAGUACCUAAAAAUUGACAACAACCAAACGGGAGAGAUCUUCUUGAGCAAAGACCGUGUCUCGGAUCCCAACAGUUUCUUGUUAACAGACGCACAACAGAAAGAGCUUCCAAGCCUUGUAAUGAGGGAGGAAAAGAAAAAACUUGAUAAAGUCUUUUUGAGCUUUAAUGGACUGAGGGUCGAAAAGAGUUCUGUUGAGGAAAAGAAUCAAGGGACUUUGUUUAAGUCGGUUUUACCUCAUAAGGUCCCAUCCUUGAGCUUCAAUGACAAGAUCUUCUCAACUAUGAGUUGGGACCCACAGUCUCAUAAGAAGCCGUCCACAGUCAUAAGGCUCUCUAUCACGAGGAAAUCUGUCGAGGAAAAUGAAAUAAAAGCAUUUCGUACUUCAACACAGUAUCUUUACCGUCCUAGAGCUGGCCUACUCAUCCCAUGCUCGACCAAUGGGAAACCAACACCUGGCACUUGGUCCGUGAUAGAGCCUUCAACCUUCAAACUUCGUGGAGAGAGCUACUUCAGAGAUAAGAAGAAGUCUCCUGCUCCUAACGUCUCUCCUUACACUCCAAUCGGUGUUGAUUUAUUUGUGAGCCCGAGAAAGAUCAAUCACAUUGCUCAACACCUUGACCUUCCUCCCUUGGAAGAAAAUGAAAAAGCACCUUCUCUUCUAAUUGUCAACAUUCAGCUUCCCACUUAUACACCUCCCAUGUUUCUUGGUGAUGGUGAUGGGGAGGGUUUGAGCCUCGUUCUCUACUUUAAGCUUUCCAAAACUUUCGAGAGAGAUGUAUCUCCCCAAUUUCAAGACAGUAUUAAGAAAUUUGUGGAUGAUGAGAUGGAAAACGUGAAAGGGUAUACAAAAAGUUCUUUUGUGUCCUUUCGGGAGAGGUUAAAAAUUAUGGUUGGUGUGGUAAAUCCAGACGACCUUGCUGCGACUGUCACAGAGAGAAAGCUUUUAGCUGCGUACAAUGAAAAGCCAGUCCUUUCUCGACCUCAACACGAAUUUUAUGAGGGUCCCGGUUACUUCGAGAUUGACCUUGACAUUCACCGAUUUAGCUACAUAGCAAGAAAGGGGCUUGAAGCCUUCCAUGAACGUUUAGGCAGUGGAAUUCUAGAUCUCGGCUUGACAAUUCAGGCGCAAAAGCCAGAAGAACUACCAGAGGAAGUUCUUGCAUGUGUGAGAUUGAACAAGAUCGAUUUCGCGAACUAUAACCAAAUACCGAGAAUUGUGAGGCUUGAUGAUGAU